CAUAUGUCCUGAUCACACGAUACCAUUGAAAUAACUUUUAAUGAGCGGACUCACUUUGGGACUUGUUCAUUUUAGCCUAACGAGUAUUUUUAUUCGAUAUUAUGAAUUCAUGGUCGAUUUGUCUUAUCGUGGUUGUCGGUGUUCCACUGUCAAUCAUAGCCGCUGUUGCUUUCGAAUGUCCAAGGGAUGAGAACGAAGCGCCUAUUGAUGGAUUCUUUGCUGAGCUAACUGCACACGUUAUUGGCAGUGUUCAAAUGGAAUCGCUUACCCUCAGCAAUGUCCUGGUGGAUUGCAUUUCAACCCAAUCACAAACAUUUGCGAUUAUCCCCACAAUGUUAACUGCACAAGCAGAGCGUGUCCAAGGAACGUGACAGGUAUAACGGAUGGGAGUUUUUUUGCAACUAGACUCCAAGCCGAAGUAGGGCAGUGGAUGAAAGAUGACCGCAUUGACGUUCUGUCGCCACAGGUCUGGGUACUCGAUGGUGCAACGUCGAACACAUUGUACGAGUACGCCAACGAAGACGCUGUCGACGCUGGCAACGCUAUGGUUUAUAGCCUACCAUACACAUGUGAAGGUACCAACAACGUCGUUUAUCAGAAUGCGCUGUUUUGUAAUGUCUAUAACACUAGGUAUGUUAUGAAAUUCAAAUUAUCCACCCAAGAGGCAAGACUGGUGGAGUUGCCGGAUGCUGGUGUUACGCCUGGACAAGAUGAGUACUCCAAUGGCGGUGGAUACAUGGACUUCUCAGUUGAUGAGAAUGGACUCUGGGUACUUUUUGCGUCUGUAGCAGAUCAACAUGAAAUAUCCAUUGGAAAGCUAGACCCCGUAGCUAUGAACAUUUCCCGUUACUAUUUCACUGAUUUCACCCGCAACUUAGCCGGUAAUGCUUUCAUGAGCUGUGGUGCCAUGUAUGUCAUUGAUAGUGCUACAGACGUCGAUACGUAUAUACGAUACACAUUUGACACAAACAACAACAUUCAACAACAUUUAGGGCCCAACGAUAUUCCAUUUCACCAUCUAAGACACGCUGAAUGUGAUAACCUGUAUGGAGACAUUACUAUGGUGGAAUACAGCAACAGAGAACAGAAGCUACACGUGUGGAAUUGUAAACGUAUGGAAAAGUAUGAUAUCACGUUUCAAUCAAAUUAUUAAUGGCAUCGAUCGAGUUUAAAGUAGUUAUUCAUGCCACUGGAGAGAAACAUACACAAUUUAAAUGUAUUUAAUAAAUUAUGCCCAUAAU